CAGUUGCAAACAGUUGAGCCAGUUGCGCCGUGGCGUGCGCGUCGCUUGGGCGCACGACUCUCUAGCUCUAGUUGAUCGGAGUCCUACGGUUAACGGGAUGCAGCUGCCGCUGCUGCUGCUGCAAUCGCUGCUGCCGCUGCUUGCACUGCGGCCAGCGUUUGCCGAGGCCAGCGGCGGUGCUGGCGGUCAGCUGCGUCGCAUCCGGCUGCAGGAUCACUGCACGGCCGGCAUUUGCACGGGCAUCGAUAUAGGACGCAAUGAUUAUGUGAUCAUCUCGCCGACAGCCAUAACCAUGCAAUCGAUGCUGACAUUUAUCAACUCGAGCAUUGCCAAAAUACCGCAUCUGAUGUUCGACACGUUUCCCGAUCUGCAGCUGCUGCGCAUGGAGAACUGCUCGCUGGAUACGUUCGAGAAGCCGCAGUUCGAGGGCGCCAGCAACUUGAUGAGCCUCUUCUUGGGCCACAAUCGCCUGAAGGAUAUACCGAAGAAUAUUUUUCUGGGCGCUGAUAAUUUGGCAACGCUGCACUUGGAUCAUAAUCUGAUUAAGGCGCUGCACAAUCACAGCUUUCAUCCGCUCAAGGAAUUGAAGGAGCUUUCGCUGGCUUACAACCAGCUGGACCAGCUGCCUCUGGGUGUGUUCGGUUUCCUGCGCAAAUUGCUGGACUUGAAUUUGGCUGGCAAUCGGCUAUCGGUACUGCCCCGCGGCAUUUUCGAUAAGAAUUUAAAUUUAACGCGUCUCAGUUUAGCGUACAAUCGUUUCACGGUGUUUGAGUCGGAGCUGUUAAAGCUGCAGCCACGUCUCUCGCUCCUGGACAUCUCGGGCAAUAUAUUGAAUGAGCUCACGCUGAACUUCUCGCUGCUGGAGCAGGUGCUGGCCCACAGCUGCGAUUUGCGGCGCCUCACAGUGUACGGCAUCAUCCGGGACCUGGACCUGCACAACAAUUCGCUGCGGGAGCUGCCACACAUACCAUUAGCCAGCAAUGUGACCGGCUUGGAUUUGUCGCUCAAUCCAUUGGGCAACUUGCAGGGCAAUCCCUUGCGACGCUUUACAGCGCUGCUGCGUCUCAAUUUGUCGACCACCAACACGCACGAGUUGGCCGAGGAUCUGUUCAAGAAGCAGAGCCAUUUGCAAGUGCUGGACAUCUCGGGCAAUAGCAUCUACUCGCUGAAGAUCACGAUCUUCGACAGCUUGAAGGCUCUGCAGUAUUUCUACUUUCAGCAGAACAAUUGGAAUUGCGACUUUCUGCAGCUGCUCAUGAGUUCGUUUGUCAAGAAGCGAGAUAUUUCCUUUAUGGAGGAUAUUACAGCACCCGAGUUGGUUGACGACUAUGUCGAUGGCAUCGCCUGUUGGUAUGAGAGCGACAAAACAUCCAAAAAGUGCGACGGCAGCAACUCGGAGGCAGCAUUGGAGCUAUCCAUAGUGCGGAACGAGAUCAAGGCCUUCACAGAGCUAGUGGAGAAGAAGUUCGUGCGGGUCUAUCGCAUGCUGGAGGAAAUGAAAGCCAAGCUAUAAAACUCUCGAGCCGAAAAGCGAAGAAAAAUCUAAUUACUAUCUAUAAAAUAAUCAAGAAGACGCGCUUUUGUUCGCAGGCGUGCACACAUAUUUAAUCAACCUGGAUAUGCUAGCUACUUUAAUAUCCUAUAUUUAAUCGCAUUUUAAGAAAUUAUAACAAUUGACACAAGCAAGCCACUGACAAACAUUUAAAUAUGUUCAAAACUAAUAAUAAAGCGCAGUACUCUUUGAGAG